AGCUUGUAGGAGAAACACAAUUUACGAAUUAGUUUGUAUCCUAGCUCUAAAAAAGAAUAAAAUGUCUCUCAAUUUAUCCGGGAAAAAAUUCCUUGUGACCGGUGCUGGUCGUGGUAUAGGCCGGGCAGUAACAAAAGCACUAUGUGAACAAGGAUGUAAAGUGUAUGCUUUAAGUCGUUCAAAAGGACCAUUGGAUUCAUUAGCGGCUGAAUGUCCAAACGUUGAAAUCAUUCAGGCGGAUGUUGGUAACUGGGAUGAACUGAAAGAGAAGAUUGAAAAGAUUGAGACACUGGAUGGGCUUGUUAACAAUGCCGCUUUUUCGGAUGAAGCAACGCUUUCCUCUCUUGAGGUUUCCAAUAAAUAUCUUCAGAAAAUCUUUGCGGUGAAUCUGUUUGGGAGUAUAAAUGCAACUCAAAUCGUUGCAAAGAAAAUGAUAGCAGAUGGAAGGCCUGGGUCCAUCGUUAACGUAUCAAGCAUAUUUGCAUUGCAAGCAGCUCCAGGCUAUCUGGCAUAUACAGUGUCAAAAGCUGGUAUGGACAUGGUGACGAAACAAUUUGCAUUGGAACUAGGACCGCACAACAUUCGCGUGAACUCCGUGAAUCCGACUUUGGUCAUGACAGAGGCAUCAAAAAAUUUUAUUGCGCAAGGUCAUCCGAUCGAAAAGUUAUUUUUAGAACGAACGCCAAUGCCUCGCAUCCCAGAGGAAGAGGAAAUAGCCGCACCGAUUUUGUAUUUUCUAAGUGACAUGUCUUCAAUGGUGUCUGGAACAAUCCAUAUUAUCGACGGGGGUUUGACGUCUUCAUUUUCGACAAAAAUGUAAAUAAACAGUUCCUGAAAGUAAGGAAUCUUAAGUUUGCAUUGCGGCAUGUUUGUUUUCAUUCACCAACUUAAUAAGUUGGUGAAAUGCACACGACUGGAUGUAAUGUAUGUUUUAAAUGCAGACUAAGAUAGUAAGGUUAGUCAACGAAAUGACAUUUUCGUCAUAUUUCAUAUUUCUUCGUUGGAUAUCAAUCUUUACAUGUUACGUAUUUUGCA